UGUGUGUGUGUGUGUGGCCUUUGCAUGUGAACACAUAGCAGCACACAGCAGCACACCGGAUCCAUGUGGUGAGCUCGACUGCCGGGUGUUUAGCUAAAUGCGUCAUGGGCACACGUGUGUGUGUGUGUGUGUGUGUGUGUGUGCUUCAUCUGUUGGUGCUGAUGCAGGCUUCUGUGUGAUUGGUUGACAGACGCUAGUAGUGCAGUUGGUCUGACUCUGGAUGCUAGCUGUGUUAGCGGGUGGACACUAGGCUGGCUGUGUGACUGCUAGCUCUGCACUGCAUGCUCACUCUCUGACUGUUGUGACUGCUAGCUGUACAGUUGGGGUGGAUGCUGGCUCUGGAGGGUGAGUGUUGAAACUGCUAGUUGUGAGGCAGGGUGGAUGCUGGCUUGGCAGGUGUUGGGACAGCUAGUUGUGUGAGGGAGGGUGGAUGGUGCCUUGGUGAGUGUUGUUAGUUGUGGGGUGUGUGUGUGGAUGCUGGUGAGGUAGAGGGCUGCUGUGUGGGUGGAAGGCCUGGCUAGCCCUGUGUUAGCGCUGCUAGCCUGCUCCCAGUGAAGGGCCCAUUGGGAGAAGCUAACGAAGCUAAAGAAGCUAAAGAAGCUCAUCAUGCGAAGACAUCGGUGUGUGAAUCCCACUGCGGUGGAGAACCCGGUUCUGGAGAUGACAGAUGGACUGUCGAGUCCGGUAUCAAAGCAUCCUGUCAGCACGCAGGUUUCCAGGACGACGGUGUCCAGUGCCGUGAGGACGGCUGCUCAGUGGGCCUCAUACACCUGCGGCAGGUGGAGACGAGCCGCCAUCAAGUGUGUGAGGAGGAAACCCUCAGGAGGGGGCAUCGGUCAGAAGUAUAAAGGGCUGGCGUGGGAUGAGGACACAGUGGACGGACUGGACAGAACGCUGCGUCUCAACAAGAACCUUCUGGAUCACUUCAGAGUGCUGGCCACCAGCAACGAGGACACAGACGAGGUGGACCUGCCUUACCUGAAUGGAGUUCUCACUGACGGAGCGGACGCCAACACAGCUGACAAAUACGGCCAGACGGUGCUGCAUGAGAUCUCGCGGGCGUGGAACGUGGAUGUGAUGCGCUUCUUCCUGGAGAGGGGUGCGGACGUGCAGCGGGCGGAUAAAUACGGCGUCACUCCGCUACACGUGGCAGCAGCCCUGGACUACGAGCAGAUGGUCCUCUACCUCCUGGACAAGAGUGCGGACAUCAGUGCGCGCACACACAAGGACCACCAGACUCCGCUGCACUUUGCUGCUAAGAACGACGCAGUGGGCGCGCUCAGAAUCCUGCUGCAGCACGGAGCCGACAUCACCGCCCGAGACUACAAGCAGAGGACGCCGCUACAACUCGCCGCUAACCUCGACCGCAGUGAGGCAGCGCGUACGCUGAUUGAGCUGGGGGCAGACGCAGGCGUGCAGGACUCUGAUGGACAGCUCUGCAUCACCGCCAUGAUCGGCAAGAUGACCCCCGUGGCCCAUCUGGCCCUGAAUCAGUUCCAUGUGACAGACAGAAUGACUCGUCAGCAGUUCUACUACCUCCACCUGCUGGAGCCAGAGCCACACUGCAAGAAGACCUCACGUCCUGGUGCGGUCUGUAGUGAACCCACAUCACCGCUGGAGUUUAUCGUACGGCAAGGAAAACUGGACCUCAUCAUGCAUCCUGUGGUUCUGAAGCUCAUCACUGUGAAAUGGGAUCUCUACGGCAGGAUGGGGGCGUGGAUUCUCCUGGUGCUGAACUUCUUCUUCAUCCUGGCCUGGACCACGGUGGCCAUCUCAGUGUCUGUGGUCAGGGACAAGGGCCGACCAUACGUUUUCCCAGAGGACUGGUGGCGUGUGCUGGUGGUGGUCAUCGCUCUGCUGCUGACCGCUCAGGAGGUGUUCCGUGAGGUGCGGGAGCUGCAGGUGUCCAGGAGGAAACUGCGGCGAUGGCAAAGCUGGAGCAUCAGACGCAUCAACGAGGACCUGGCCUGCACACACCCCAUGUGGCCUGAGGAGCGGCAUUACCUGGAGGAGCAGAUCAGGUUCAUCCGCAACAUGAAGGGCAGCUACGCUCAGGACCUCUGGAACGUGUUUGAUUGGCUGGUGUACGUGCUGCUGAUCGCGGUGCUGGGGCUGCACCUGGCGGACAUCUUCCUGGUGUCGGGCUCGCUGCGCGCCUACAGCCUCCGCCUCUUCGCCGUCGUGGUCGUCUUCCUCUGGCUACGACUCAUGAAGCACGUCCGCGCCUUCAGGGUGAUGGGCCCCUUCAUCGUGAUGCUGGGGAAGAUCGUGGGCGAUGUCCUGCGCUUCCUCUUCCUGUACGCAGAGAUCUACAUCCCCUACGCCUGUGCCUUCUGGAUCAUAUUCGGAGGCACGGCGGCGGUGCCCAGUAUGCAGACGGUGCCCAAGCUGCUGUACAGCCUGUACCGCAUCACGCUGGUGGACGAGUACGAGUUCGACGCCAUGGUGGCCGUGGACUCCAUCAUGGCCCACCUGCUGUGCGGCACCUUCCUGGCGCUCUCCGCCGUGCUGUGCGUCAACCUCAUGAUCGCCCUGCUCUCCGACACCUUCCAGAGGGUGUAUGAUAACGCAUUAGCCAACGCCGUGAUGCAGCAAGCGGCCAUAAUUCUGCAGGUGGAGGAGUCCAUGCCACGGCUUCGCCGUUUCUAUGACAACCACUACAUCCACGAGCACUGCGCCCCUCUGGGGGAGUACUACGAUGACGACGUCACCACGGACCGCUACCAGUACGCCGAGAUGAAGAAGAUCACCACACAGAUAAAAGACACUCUGGAUGAGUUUCUGGAGAUUCAGAAAGAUGCGGAUCCCGGUGGACCAGAGGGGCGUGACGACGAUGAUGAUGACAUGGGCUCAGGGUUGCGGCGUCCGUCGUGGGGAGUGGGGGAGGGCAGCUUGCGCACCCUGCGUGUGACGCAGCGGCAGCAGAGCAUCGAGAUGAGCGCCCUCAGAGCAGACGUCAAGGACAUGCAGGCGCUCCUGCUCCAACUCAUCCAGGCCCAGCCCAAACCCUCAGGCGGGGGCAUUGGAAUAAAGCCACUGUUUGGUCGCAGCGAGGACUCAGAGGUGGAAGCAGCUGCACUGGCAGAGAGCAGAUUGCCAGAGAAUGAGACAGAGGGGCAAAAGCAGGAGACACCAGAGAGCGUGCGGAGAGAAGCCAAAAGCAGUCCUGGACCCGUGUACAAGGAGCAGGCCUUCUAAAACCCCUACAUACACACACACACACACACACACACACACACACACACACACACACACACACACACACACACACACACACACACACACACAGGCGCUGAAAUACACAAAACAAUGACUGCACGCAAAAAGCUGUGUAAAUUAUGCUGUGUUUUGUUAUAUGCAAUGUUAUAUCAGUGUUACACUGUGAGAAAGGCUACACUGUUUACUUAAUAAAA